AUGGCUCCACACAUCAGACCAGUAUCUCCCUUGUUCGUGGCGCUGGUCUGUCUGGCAUUUUGCAGCAGGCUGAGCAGAAUGAAAGCAGCGUCCAUCUGCACCAACAGCCAGACUGGAUGCCACUUCCUUUCUCUGGCCAAUCUCUUUGAUCGGGUCAUUCACCACUCAGCAAGAAUGCAUGGCAUAUCCAAUGACCUUCACUCUGAGUUUGAACUGUACUUCCUCCCCAGUAAGAACCGGGUCAGUCGCAACUGCCACACAUCUACCAUCCUGACUCCAAAUGGCAAGGAGAACGCUCAGAGGAUAGCAAGAGAGGAGCUGACAGAGGUGAUUCUGAAGCUGCUGCUCGCGUGGCGAGACCCUCUGUGGCAUUUCCACCAGAACAUGGCUCGGCACCACAAGUUCAACAACCUCAGCUCAAACAAGUCUCUGGAAAUGAGCGAAAUGGUGCAUGAACUACGGAAAGGUGUGCAAAAGGUGGCCGAGAAGAUGCAGAUGCUGGGGAUAAUAAGCAAUUCUCUCGGCACCCUGGGUUCCCGGGAGGCUCUGCUGGCCUCAGAUAGUCCUGAGUGGCGACUCAUGAAUGACUACAACCUUCUCUACUGCUUUCGCCGCGAUUCAAACAAGAUCCAGAACUACCUGAAGAUUCUGAAGUGUCGGAUCGUUCCGGAGCAUGGAUGCUAA